GGAGAGGAGAAGAAGAAGGAAAGCGUGCAGCUAGUUUACCGGUAAACCUGAUCUCCCUUCUGUCUCGGCGGAGAAUAUUCGUUAUCCGUGCCGUUUUGGGUGCUUCUAUUUUGCGCCCCAUGCACCAUCACACGCGGAGGCAGCCUCCACCACACACGAACUCAGGCGAGGCGGCGUGUGACCCUGGUGUACGGUACCAAGAGAAGGUGCUUAUUGUUUGGUCCGGGCUGGCUGGUUAACUCUGUUCCUCGGUAGCCCCAGGUGGAUGUAGAACAUCAUAGUAUUAUUCUAAGCUCACCUUACCUGGCGCAACCGCCUGUCAGGGUGGUGACGGAGUGGCUGAGGGCGCAAGAGUCUGUAUCGUGUGUUCCGAACGGAAUAAGCAGUGUAUUGUCUGAUUUCCUUUCUUAUCGCUGCCACCACUACCCUUGACUCUACUUGUGAAUACGGAUUGUGAAGUGAAUAAAUAAUGGCCAUGGCGCCCUCGAUAUCUGCCUUUCUUUCACCACCCUCUCAUCCCCCUUCACUCCUCACCAUCCACUGUGACGAGUAAAUCGUUUCCUUUUUUCUUUUCUUCUUCUUCCCUUUUCUUAUUUCUUUGAUCUUUUUACGCUUCUUCUUUAGUUUCUGUUCAUUAUCGCAGCCAGGCUUCUUUCCUCACGUGUAUACCUCCGUUUAUCCCAGAAGCCCGAAUCCUGCAGCAAAUCCCUUAAUUCACCUCGAUAAUAUCCUAUAAGCAUGAGAUACUUAGCGUGUGCUGCAGCUGCAGUGGCUGCGGUGGCAUUGCCAAAAUUUGCCUCUGCGGCGGCCGUCCCGGAAAAGCCAUACACCUUCACCUGCGCGGAUAAGCCGGAUGCGGUGACGGUGACGAAGACCGUAACUGCCGAUGUCAAGCCUAUUGAUCAUCCCAUCACUACAUAUCAUGCCGGGGGUGACGGGCCAACAGUCACUAUCACCGCCGAUAACCAGAAGGUGACGUCCGUUGACAAGAGCAUCAAGACUACCUCCUACCACUGCGAUGGGCCCGGUGUUUAUACGCCGCCACAUCAGACCGAAGUGUGGACUGUCCACGAGCCCACAUGGAUUACCGUAAGUCUUGAUUUCGCCCUCUCCCGAUUGAUUCCGGUGCUGAUAGCUCCUUGGUUGCUUAGUAUGAGGUUCCCUGUGCAACGGCGUAUAUCUACCCUUAUGAAGAGGCAGCUUGCAGUACUUGCACCAAGAAUGUGGAGGUUAUUGUCUAUAUUAAUAUUGACGUGAUCACCUACUCGGAGCAAGUUUGGGAGGUUAUCGAUGGACAGACCACCACCGAGAUCAAGACUGUCACUGCUACUCCCUCUUAUGUCUCGGACUAUCUCCCACCAUCCACCACAGCUCCCGGUGGCCAUGCGGCCACUACCCAUACCGUUAAGGUCGGAGGUCUCAAUGGAACUACCCCGAUUCUCAAGUACGACCCCGAGUACGUUGCCGAUGUCAAGAUUGGCGACGUUGUCCUGUUCGACAUUCUCGCUAAUAACCACACCGUGACUGAGUCUACCUUUGAUGCCCCCUGCGUGCCGAAAGCUGGCGGUAUUGAUUCUGGAUUCCGCCCUAACAUGGAGAACACCCCCGGAAAGAUGACAUUCCCCGUCACCGUCGAUGAUGACAAGCCAAAGUGGUUCUACUGCGCUCAACCUGGAAACGGAAAGCCCCAUUGUCAGGCUGGUAUGGUUUUCGCCAUCAACGCUCCUAAGACUGGAGAUAAGACCCUCGAAGCGUUCAAGAAGCUCGCUGCUGCUGUCCCUGUUCCUGGGGUUCCAUCCAAUACGACUGAUGGAACUCCUAGCCCAACUGGUGGUGCCGCUGCUGCGACC